UACAUUCGUCUAUUUCGCCCGCAGUGGCAGGAAGCGUCGACGAAAGCUCGCAAAUGACCACGAUUGGCGCGAUUGCGAUUCGCAAGUCGUCGAUGAGCCACCUUCGCGGCUACGGUCUGAAGUGCGCUCCAGACUCCAGCAGACGGAGCGCUCUAACGUUCGUCGCAAUUCGCGAGACGAUCGCUCGCGACUGUGCGGCAAUUAAAUCUCAUUCGCAACGUUUGAAGCCGCGCUUCCGGCAACAUUCCGUACUCGUCGUUCGAGAGGGUUAUCGCCGCCCAAACUUCUCUCUCUUUCUCUCUCGGGGAACCAAACGAUCUUCGCCGCGGAUCGCAGGCAGGAAUCAGUCUCGGAGGCGGGAUAUCGAUUCUCGCCGAACAGUCCCGAGCGCGGCCGAGCGUUCGUGAAAACUGACAAGUGACGUGCGCGAGUAGUUGCACACGAGCGGCCGCGAGCCACCGCGAGCUGGGUGAGUUUGACGGCGGUCAGUGGUGGUCAUCUCGUCGCGGAUCGGCUCGCCUCGCUCUCCCCUCGAUCGCGACCCGAUCGCGCCGAGCUGAGAGAGGCACACACACAGCGACACAGCUCCUCGCGAUCCAGAUUCUCCCGUCCCUCUUUCCCUCCCGCGCGGGGCGGGAAGAUCGAUUUCGCCGUUGUUCGAUUCGGCACGCGCGCACGCGGCAGAGUAUACGGACGCCGCGAUUGACAGUUGGAUUAACGCGAGGACGGGCAGGCAGGUGGAUUGACACCAUCGACACCCAGCAGAUAAAUCCCGUCGCGCGAGGUCGUCGAGGUGAGGAUCGAUCACCGUGACCUAACCUAAGCUAACCUUGGCGUGAACUAUCGCCGCCAAACCGCUCGAUCGCGAGAGACGCGAGGUUCUAACGUGAUACGUGAUACCGCCUCGAGUGAUACCGCUACCGAAGAAGCGAACAGCGAUCCCCCUACAAAAAAUGGUCACCCCCCAGACACCAGGUAUGGAUCCCUGGGUGAUCCAGCCUAGAGAAAGAAUGAGAUACCAGGAACAAUUUGAGUCGUUAAAGCCAAUCAAUGGAAUUGUUACUGGCGAACAAGCGAAAGGUUUCCUUCUCAGAUCUCAACUCCCACCUGCCAUUCUUGGACAGAUAUGGGCAUUAUCGGAUACAGACGCAGAUGGGAAGAUGGAUGUAAAUGAGUUCAGUAUCGCGUGCAAGUUGAUCAAUUUGAAACUGCGUGGCUUCGAAAUCCCCAAAGUACUGCCACCCGUUCUUAUACAGAGUUUAAAGUCUUUCUCAAUCGGCGACGCUAGUCUGACUGGAUUGUCAAAUGGUUCCACCGCUCCAAGUAACGUUAGCUCUCUAGUAAAUUUAAGCGGACAUCAACCGAUGGUAUCUCAACCUAUGGCAAGCGCGAUACCCACGGCUGGAAACACCCUUAUAGCAUUACAACAAAAUAGACAGAAUGUGGCUCCAAGCACACAUGCCACAACUCAUAUACCGUCUAAGCCACCCGCUCGACCCGCGCCACCUUCUGUGGGAGUCGCACCUUCCCUUAAUACCACGACCGGUGGUCUUCCACAAAGACCUGCACCACCCACAAAUAUUGGGAGUAAUUUUGUGGUAGCAACGGGUGGCCCACCACCCAAACCAGCACCACCUUCGUUUCCAAAUAGUCCUGUUGCGGGAAUCUCGCCAAUGAAAAUUACGACUUCUGUCGUUGGCUCCUCAGUCAUUUCUUCGUCCCCAUCUAUAUCUGCCGCUGGAAUAGGUAUUCCAUCAGUGGCACCAAUCGCCCCUUUAAACACAACUCCUAUACCAAUGGCUGCCUUUAAUAUGGCACAACCAAUGCCGACGCAGCCGUUAGGCAUGGUUAGUGCAGGUAUGGUUGCUCCUAUGACUGGCAUUCCUAGUAUGGUACCAUCCAUUGGAUCAAUAAAUACUGGUACUGGAGUUGCUUCUUCAGUACCGUUACCGUUAGUGUCCUCGACAACUGCAAAUAGCGCGUUGGUCAAUGGCGCAAUUACACAAACGCCAGUGUCUACGAAUACACCUUUGAGUACAACGGCACGUCCACCAAGUAUAGACAGAGUAGGCUCUAUGGAUUCGCAGCACAGCCAGCAUUCGGUUGGCUCUCCGCAGUCUACGGAAUGGGCGGUGCCGCAUCAGACUAAAUUAAAGUAUACUCAAUUAUUUAAUACUUGGGACAGAACGAGAUCGGGCUUUUUAUCUGGGCCUCAAGCAAGAAAUAUCAUGGUGCAGUCGCAACUACCACAACCCAUACUCGCUCAAAUAUGGGCUCUAUCUGAUAUGGAUUCGGAUGGACGUUUAGGCUCCGAAGAAUUUGUGCUUGCAAUGCAUCUUUGCGAUAUCGCUAAAGUCGGCGAGACUAUACCUACGCCGCUUCCACUAGAACUUAUCCCACCUACAUUUAGACGGCAACGUCAAAGCAGUUUAACGCUGUCUCAAAAUGCAACAGAAAAUAUUGAUCCAUUAGCGGGCAUGCCACAGACUUCAUUCGAAGAUAAACGUAAAGAGAACUUUGAGAAAGGUCAAGCGGAAUUAGAACGUAGGCGUAAAGCGCUGUUAGAGAUUCAGAGGAAGGAACAGGAAGAACGGGAACGCAAAGAACGGGAGGAGGCAGAGAAACAGGAGAAAAUAAGACUAGAGCAGGAGAGGCGUAGACAAGCGGAAAUCGAAAAGCAAAUGCAGAGGCAAAAGGAAAUCGAACAAGAGAAGGAAGAACAACGAAAACGCGCGCAAGAACAGAAAGAGGCGGCACGCAAGGAAAUGGAGAGGCAACGGCAAUUGGAGUGGGAACGACAGAAGUCACAAGAAUUGCAAGCGCAGAGGCAAAAAGAGCAGGACGUUCUUCUCAAGUUAAAAGCGAGGAAUCAGACCUUGACCAUCGAACUUGGAACACUUAACGACAAAGUGAAGGAAUUGUCACAAAAGAUUUGUGACACUCGGGUAGGAGUGUCAGGUGUCAAAACGACUAUCGAUGGUAUGAGAACAACGAGGGACACGCAGUUACAAGAAAUGGCCGCGUUAAAGAAUAAACUUCGGGAACAAAAUCAAAGAUUACUCGCGCUGACUCAAGAGAAAGCACGUAUCGAGGCGAGAAAUAAAAUUAAUGCGGCGCAAGAUGCAGCCGGACAAGAGGCUAUUAAAAUGGCCUUCGACAAUAAACAAAUUACUCUUAAGCAGAUGAAAGAUAAAAUAGCAGAUUUACAACAGCAGAUUGAUUCUAAAAUGUCCGAUAUUGAAAAUAAUAACGCUCAGCUCGAGGAUAUUAAGACCCAAAUAAAGAAUCUAGUGACAGAUUGUAAACAGCUCUAUGUCACUUUUGAUGAGAAGAAGCAGAAAGUAAUCGAACUUCGGUCAGGUAGCCAUGCCUCAGCUGCUGACUUUGCCACAUCUGCGUGGGGAGAUAGUGGUUGGGGAGAGCCACCCACUAGUGACACAGCUUGGCCUGUCAACGAAACUACUGAGAGCUCAAUAAAUGAAGCUGCCGUUGUGGGCGUCCGCAAAUACAGAGCCCUUUACGAAUUCGUAGCGCGAAAUCAAGACGAAAUAUCGUUUCAACCUGGUGAUAUUAUAUUGGUACCACCUGUGCAAAAUGCUGAACCAGGAUGGAUGGCGGGAGAAAUUCGUGGUCACACUGGUUGGUUUCCCGAAUCUUAUGUGGAACCGGUGGAUACUGGUACAGUUGAUUUGGACAACGAACGUACUUUUAUACAACAAGACAGUCUAGAGAAGAGAACGUUAGAAGGAAUAGCAGAAGUUCCCGAGAACGUAUCCGAUGCGGGAUCAUUAGGGGGAGAAGCCCCGAUAGUAGAGGCUAUUAUACCUACUUUAGGAUUAGGUACAUGUUGUAACAUACAAGCUAUCGCUUUGUUUCCUUACCGACCUACUAUGGAACAACAUCUUACUUUUGAAAAAGGAGAAACUAUCAAUGUUUCUGAGCAGCAGGACGACUGGUGGUACGGUUCAGCCAGUACUGGAAAUAAGGGUUGGUUCCCCAAGUCGUACGUGAAAGAAAUAAUCGCAAGCAGUAAAGACACCGCGGUUGAAGGUCUCAAUGAAUAUUACGUUGCCCUUUAUCGAUACGAUUCGACCGAAACCGGCGAUCUCAAUUUUAAUCAAGGGGAAGUUAUAUUGGUUACGAAAAAAGAAGGCGAAUGGUGGACCGGUUGUGUAGGGAACAAAAGUGGAAUCUUUCCUUCUAAUUACGUAGAGAAGUGCGACGCUCCCAAUCAGGGUGCGCCUUUGUCUACUAACGUUCAGUCCACUGAUGUUGCUGCAACCGCGGGUGCUAAGAGUGAAACUGAUACUCCGGCGACCGCAGCAUCGCAAGUAGAGAAAACGGCAGAGCAGUUAGAAGAUGAAAGAGCAGCUGCUGAGGAUAGAGCGGAAUUACCAGACUUUACUGCUAUGGCCGCUCAGCAGUAUUAUAAGAGAGGAAGGAAACCAGAAAUUGUUCAAGUUAUUGCGCCCUAUCAAGCAACAAGUGCAGAACAGUUAGAUUUGCAAAGAGGACAAUUAAUAAUGAUUCGUAAAAAGACUGACAGCGGUUGGUGGGAAGGAGAGCUUCAGGCACGCGGUAAAAAGAGGCAAGUUGGUUGGUUCCCAGCAACUUAUGUUAAACCCUUAACCAGUAGUAGUAACAGAAGUACACCUGUCUCCCAAGGAUAUCAAGAUUCUCCAACGGAUCCAAAUAUUGAACGUGUUAUGGCUUUGUAUCCCUACCAAGCACAAAAUGAGGAUGAAUUAAGCUUCGAGAAAGGUGACGUUAUAUCAGUACUCGCUAAGGAAGAAGCAUCAUGGUGGAGAGGCGAAUUGAACGGCGUAUCCGGCGUCUUUCCGAGCAACUACGUAUCACCUAUGUCGAAUGAAUUGAUGCUCGAUACAACGAUAUGUCACGAUUCCAUGGAGAGAAAACGCCAGGAACACAUUAAAGAGCUAAUCGUGACUGAGCAAGCUUACAUAGAAGACAUGAGAUUAGUACAUGAGGUGUUUGAGAAACCGUUAAUCGAAAGUUUAGUCCUAAGUAUCGAUGAGAUAGAGAGGAUAUUUAUCAAUACGAGAGAUAUUAUCGCAUGUAACGAUAACUUCUUGAGGACUUUGAGGAUACGAAGGGAUAACAGCUAUAACGGCGUAAUACGAAUGAUCGGCGAUGUAUUAUGUGAAAAUAUACCUAGGAUGUCACCUUAUAUAAGAUUUUGCAGCAGCCAAUUACCCGCUGCGACGUAUAUGCAGCGUUUGACGGAAACUUCGCCGGAAUUCGUUAAGGUCGCGCAGGUAUGUCAGCAAGAUCCGCGAACGAAGGGGAUGCCACUAAGCUCGUUUUUAAUUAAGCCGAUGCAAAGGAUAACGAGGUAUCCGCUCAUCAUCAAGAAGAUUUUAGAUUACACGCCAGUCGAUCAUCCUGAUAGACAGUAUCUGCAAGAAGCACUGGCCAAAGCCACGGAGUUUUGUACUCAGGUAAACGAAAGCAUUGGGGAAAAAGAAAAUUCUGACAGAUUGGAAUGGCUGCAAACUCAUGUUAUAUGUGACGGCCUUGAGGAGCAGCUUGUCUUUAAUUCCAUGACGAAUUCCGUAGGACUGCGAAAACUGUUACAUUUCGGUAUACUUCAUAAGUCAAAAAGUGGUAAAGAGCUCGUCAGCUUCCUCACGAAUGACUUUCUACUGUUCGUUCAACCAUUGAAAUUUUCCUUAAAUUGUCAACAAUUUUCGUUCGAACGUAACGAGCAUCAGAAGUUCAAGAUGUACAGAAAACCAAUAUUUCUCAAUGAAUUGUCUUUGUCUGGAGAAAGCGAUGGAACCAGUAGCCUGAGCGGAAGUGAUGCAGCGGACAAUUCUUUGAGAACUCUAACAAUAAGACUGAAAGAUCAAAAGAAGCCGAUAAUAUUAUUAGCAUCGUCUGCGAAUGAAUGUUUAAUGUGGUCGAAACGAAUUGUGGAAGCACGCAAAAAGUUUCUGGAGAAUGAGCAGAAUUGCCUGCAAAGACAGCGGUCAAAACAGGCGAAAUUUGGAGCGUGCGGCAGAAUUCUCGUCACUGUGCUCGAAGGUUUCAACUUAAAAGCUCCAUCCGUUCGCAGGAGACUUCCACAAGGUAGACUGGUGCUAGCAGUUGUCGAGGCUGAAAAUCUUGCCAUUGGCAGGAAAGGGAAGUGUAAUGCAUUCUGCAAAGUGUCCAUGGGUUCUCAAGAAGAAAGAACGGGUGUCGUAUCCGGAAGUGAUUGCCCUUUGUGGGAUGCUUCAAUGCAAUUCCAAGUAAAAGAUUUGCUCGAGGAUACUCUUUGCAUCACUGUGUUCGACAAAGGAUACUAUAGUCCUGAUGAGUUCCUUGGUCGCGCUGAGAUCAGAGUGGCCGACAUAAUGAGAGACAGUAAAAAUUCUUGCGGGCCAAUUCAGAAAAGGAUCAACUUGCAUGAAGUCGAAAGCGGUGACGUUGUUCUCAAGCUUGACCUACGACUGUUUGGGUAAGACGUGUGGUGCAAGAGUUUCUAAUCUAAAAGUAUGCAUUUAAGUAAAAAUUUUAUAUAAGACUUAUAUAAGACUGUAUGAUGAAGUACACAAUAGAAAAUAUCAUAAGAGAAAAAAUGCCAAAAAUU